ACUUAAAAUAUCCUCUAAUUUCACAUUGAUUCGUGGUCAUGAACACGAAGACCAAGAUUUAAAUUGAUUUGAUCGAUUUAGGGUUAUGUACACCGUGUCAUCGUGUUCAUCUGUAUAGUACAGUUCGUUACGACACUCAACAGUUAUUAUAUUAUUUUAUACAUUUUAUAUACAUAUUAUUAUUAAAAUGGAACAUUUUGAUCCAAAACACGUUUCUCCGUCUGUUAGAAAAACUGAUAAUGGACAAUAUGAUAAUUCUCAGUGGAAAAUUAAUAUCAUUAAUGCAUACAAAACCAAAUUUGCGGAACAAGCAAAUAUGCCAGCUAAACAGAAACCUAAGUACAGAGAUCUAAUUAAAUCCAUAUCUAAAGAAACCGGUAUUGGCCAACGAACUGUUUCAACGAUUUUGUCCGAAUACAAAAAAAACGGUACAGUUACAUCUCCAAAUAGAAAAAUAAAUAGACCGACAAUAAUCGAAAAAGUUGAUGACUUUUAUAAAAACGAAAUUCGAAAAAUCAUACAUGAGUUCUGGCUUAGAAAAGAAGUACCGACUAUGAUUAAAGUUUUAAUGAUAAUGCAUGAAAAUUCUAAUUUUCCCACAUUUUCUAAUACUUCUUUUCGCAAAAUUCUUAAAGAUCUUAAUUUCGAAUUUAUUAAAAUAUCUCACGACAAAUACAACAACGCUCUAAUUGAGAAAAGAGAUAUUGUUUUGUGGCGGCGAAAAUAUUUAGAGUCAAUAAAAUAUUAUCGACAACAAAAUCGUCCAAUAUAUUACUUGGACGAGACUUGGGUGAACAAUGAAGAUACUUCUGACAAAACAUGCGUCGAUCGUUCAGUCAUAUCCGAUACAUUCCUUCAGAGGCUAACCACUGGACAAAAAAACCAGUCGGGCAAAGGUAGUAAGCUUAUUUUAAUGCAUAUAGGUUCGUCUGAGGGUUUUGUUGAUGGAGGAGGCCUAAUAUUGCAUCUUGAAUCAAAUAAAAACUCUUCAGAUUGCCACAAUGCGAUAAUAAACGGCGAUACUUUUCACGAUUGGUUUACGAGCAUAUUACCUUUAUUAAAAUUUAAUGCUGUGAUUGUUAUGGACGAUGCGCCAUACCAUUCUAAAAAAAUAUAUUCAUGUCCGACAUUUUCGUGGAAAAAUCAAGAUAUCAUCAACUGGUUGGAGGCACGAGGAGAAAUAAUUGAUCUCCCUUUAGUCAAACAACAACUAUUGCAAAAGGUAGACAAACUAAAACCUCUCUUUGAUUCAUGUGUUAUCGACGACGUAGCGAGAGACGACAAUAAAAUUGUACUGCGAUUACCCCCGUAUCAUGACGAGCUGAAUCCCAUGAAGUUAGCGUGGUCUGCCAUUAAUAAUCACGUUCAAAUGUGUCGCGCUACAAAUAAACAAAUGGACGUGCAAAGGUUACUAAAUGAGGGCUUAGAACGAGUUACGCCUAUUAUGUGGAUUAACUUUGAUAACCGCGUCAAAGAGGUAGAAGAUAAAUUUUGGAAAAUCGACUUCAUGUCAGAUGAACUUUUAGACAAUGAACCUGCAACGGAAGCAUCAGACGUCAACGUAAUAGAAAUAACUAUUUCCGAAUCUGAUAACGAUGAGUGAUGACUACGAAUAAAAUAUUUGUAUCUCCUGUUAAUUAAAAUAAUAUUAUUAUAUUUUAUAUACACCGAAUUACUGAAUAGUACAUGUCUAUUGUAUAUUUGUUAGGUUACAAAUAGUCCAA